GUAUCGUCAGCCAACAUGGCGAUUCCGACCAGCAGAAACUUCGCUAGUUGCUACAUGGAACUAUGCAAGCAACAGCGUUUACGUCCGCUACCAGUCAUCUGCGUGACGUUGCCGCACAGUUUAGAUUUCACCACCGACCGCGUGAAAAUGGAUGAUUGGGGUCCAAUAUUAAAUUCUCUGUCGCUCGAUCGCAGUCUACGGUCGAUCAGCGUUCGUAGCAGAUAUCAGUGCCGGAAACCAUUGGAGGAAAUCAAUUCCGAGGACAAGGCCAGGACGAUGGGUAAAGCGCCCGUCGUGCUGUCUCGAUACCUUCUCGAAUGGUUGUCGCACAGCGUCGCUCAGUGCGUUCGAAACUCGCCUGUUCUGACCAAUCUGGAGCUGGAAGGUAUCCCAUUCCCGCCAGACUGUCUAGCGGUCCUGUGCGUGGGCUUGUCUCACACGCACACGCUCCACUAUUUGUCCCUUCAGCGUUGUUACAUCGGAGACAGCUCCUGUGAAUUAUUGUGCCGCACUGUGGCCGACGUGCCGAGCAUCAGAUCGUUGAAUCUCAGUUAUUGCGAUCUGACGGGCAAGUGUGGCCCCGCUUUGGCGGCCGCUUUGUCCAGGCAGAAGUUGCUGCUCUACCAUGACACCUGGAAGCAGUCGUUGAGAUACCAAGAACCGAAUCUCGAGGCGAUGCCGGGACUACGUCGUUUGACGUUGAACGACAAUCCUCAGCUAGGCGACGCGGCGGCGAUAGAACUGAUCGAAGCGGUGAGGGACAGUCUUUGGUUGAAAGCUCUCGACAUGCAACGCUGUGGAUUAUCUGAUAAGAUCGGUAAAGAUUUACUGGAACUGUUGGAUCAUAAUACCACUCUGAGCAUCCUGGACGUUAGACAGAAUCCGAACUUGAACGAAGUGUUAAUGAAAGAAGUGAUUAAAAGACUGGAGGAGAACAAUGUCGACACGAAGGCUGAGUACAGGUGGCUGAAUGUACCUCACCAUGAUCGGAGAGUGGUUUCAGCAGGCAAUGCGAAAAGAAACGAUAAUGAGAAUAACAAGAAGCCUCCAAUCAGACCACGCAGCGCUAUAACGGAGUAUACUAAAAGACCUUAUCAACCUGUACCAAGAAGAAUACCUAAUACGAUGAAUAAUAUCAAGAAGACGAAAGUGAGGCCUUACGUUUCAAUAUAUAAGAACGUGGAUGGACACCACCAAGCUCAGGAACAGCAGCAAAUCGUUCAGAAUGGCCAUCCUAAAUCAAAGAUCUCUCUUCACUUGGACCUCCAGUCUCACAUUCAACCUGUGAUGGGCGAAAUUGGCUCGAACGUCGGCAACGUUCAGACUUACGAAGACAGUGUUCAGCCUGACACUGAUGGCUCCUCCUCAAGGAAGUCCGAGGUAAUAAAAGUCGACGUGGCUACCCAAGUGUCGAGUGGUUUGGACGCUCUGGACUCGGUCAGGAUUCAAAAAAUUCAGAUACAAUUGGCGGAGGCCAAAGCGGAACACGAACGUCUGCUGGAGGAGACUAGACACAGUGGAUUAUUGCUGGCCGAGGAACGAGAGCGACGCGAGGCUGCUGAAGAGCAGUUGGACGCGAUGAAAAGCAAUCUAGCGGAGCUGGAAAACGCUUUGAAGGAGAAGGAACGGGAGACGAGCGGAUUCCUAAUGCUUAGCCAGCAGGCUUGGGAUGAGAUCAGUACAUCUUUCGAUCGGCUGCUGGAGAUGCUGGACAAUAUGACGAAGAACCCGAACGCAAACCGGAGAGAGGCCACGGAAGCUGCUAUUGUUAGAGCGGACAUAAAGAGACGGGUCGCUUCUGUCAUCAGAGAAACGAAAUCAGAAAACCUCCGGCGUGGUUUCAUCGUGGGCGUGGGUGAGGAAGAUCCGAUCACGUAUACGGAACCCAUUAAGAAGUUCGCGAAAUCGGAGAGCGAUAUGAGGAACACCUUGCCACCGAUCUCGACGUUGCAUCUGGAGAAGAACAUCGGCGACAGUCCAGAUAUUUGUUCGCCUAGUUUGGAAAGAGUAUUGCAUCACAACAAAGAUGCAUUGUCACCCAGGGCUAGAGCCAGGGCGCUGUUCGCGCAGAUUAUUCACGGGGAUGCUGUGCUCGACUUAUGCACUCACACGGAUUAGGGAAUCGGUGGUUAACUAAACGAUUCUGGGACGAGAUUACGGUGUAUAGGGCAUGUAGAUUAUGGAAAUAAUGUAUAGGUAGAUUACAUACGUAACGAGGAAAACGCACAAGUGUUCACGCGUUCAUCGAACUUCGAACCUCGGUCGAAAAUAGUCUUCUAAGCCGAAGCUGCGCAAAACAACGAUCAAUCGCGAAUAGCUAAACAAAAAUAUAGAACGUAGAUGAAAAAAGAAAAGAAAUAUUUUAAGAAGAAAAUCUAUAAAUUGAAGUGUCGAGCUUCGUUUUCUGAAGCGGAUUAACAGGAGACAUCAGAACUGAAGCAGAGCCGAUGGUGGCAACUGCGCGCGUGAAAAUAUGCGAAUCGAUAAACGUUCAACGAGAUGUUGCGUUGGAACUGAUUUGUAUCGCCACGCUUUUCCUAGCUUCGUUAUUGUAGAUGGAAUAAAGGUCUUUUAUUCUUUCUGAUGAAUAUGACUUCAUUCACAAGUGAUAAAGAUAAAAACGUGUAAUUAAUGCGCGAAAAAAUUUAUUUCGUUCACUGUUGAAUCGUUGUCGUUCUUUUUUUCUCGUUCUCAUCGUGCUACUUCUUGCAUGAAGUUUUCUCCGGUAUAUGGGUCGUCGUAGCUUCAAACACAAUCGUCGAAGGUUAUGCAAAUAAAGCCCGAUUAAGCUUAGAUAACUUCUAUACCCGAUCCGGAUUUAGCAACAAGCAGCACGAUGAAAUGUCUUACUGCAUGAGACAAGCUACUAUUCGGACUUAUCAAUUGUCUACGUAAAUAGGAUGCUAAAUAAUUUCGGUUUCGAUGAAUGAAAAUCAGUCAGCGACGAUUGCCGCUUACAUGGGCGCUUAGACUAACACUAGUAAUUCACUGGCACUUUGAAUAUUCUUCGACUCUGAUGAAAUACUGAAAUUACAUAAUUAUGAGCUGUGUCAAAUGCUGUCUGCAUCAUUUCAUGUACAUUAAAAUCGAUAUAGACAGUAAUAGUAAUUCAAAAUUAAAUGUAUAAAUUAUUUAUGUUUUCUCAUAAAUAACACUCAGUUCAAUCGACACUAUCUUUUUACGCAUUAUGUUUUCAAACCAAUUUUUUCGAAAACAUUGACUACACAUAUAUAUUUUUCAUACAUAUUAAAAACUUUUUCUUUAACCGAACGAUAAAGGAAGCUUCUUUGUACUAAUACAAGCACGUUUAUAAAUUUUGUGAAGGAAUAAAUUGAUGCACGUAAAUAAGUCUAUUUUGUUCUUUAGUGACCAAAUAAAUGAUCUGACGAAAGAAAGAAUGUUUGAAGUACGAAUGAAUGAAUGAGACGGAAAAGAAGACAAAACUUGUCCAAUAGAAAAUGAACAUUUUUAGUUACGAUUAUGAUACAACAAUAAAACAGAGUAAAUCGUGUCCAAUACGCAAGCAGAGGAAGGAAGACGUAAUUUCAAUUCCCAGAAGACUUUAGUAUCAACUCCGUACAUCGUCGGACCGCACGCUGUCGCUUUUAACGUUCACCCCUUGGCGCUCUAUGGAUUUUCCAUUAGUUCCAACCUGAGUACCCGGUUACCUGAAAAACGGUCAACUACGGGCUGCUAGUCAAAGGUAAUUUUUCAUGAUAGAUCACGCUCGGCGUGGCGUGUCGCGAGCGCGCUUGCUCACGACGGCGAAAAGUAUGCUGCUGUCCAGCAGAAGAUCAAACGUGCCAACAACGUCGUCGACUCUGUAGCUCUUGUCGUUGUUGCUUCCGAUGCGAUGGAAUCGGUGAUUAUCGAUCGCGAACCCUUGUCGUUACCUUUAAUUCCCCUCCUGAGUGACUCUUUCAAUCUGCCUCACUACUCAACGAGAUUUUGCAUCACCAAAAUAAUGUGCAACCGGAACCCAUUGCGCGAGAAUAUAGACGAUGCUCGUGUAUGUGUAGUCAGUAUAACAUUGAACAUGGUUUCAUUAAUGAAUUUUAUUCUUUACUUAAAAUUCCUUCAAGAAUUAUGAAUUAUAUUGAUUAAUACAGGGUAUUUAACUAUAAGUUGGUACAAACGAAAGGGUUGAUUAUAUGAUUCGAACUAAGACGAAAUUGAAGAAUAAGAUUCUGAGCUUCGUCCAUUAUGUCGAAUCUCGCCAAGUAAAGAGGGUGGUUU